AUGGUAAAAUUUCUUGACCCACAGUACGCCUCUCGCGAAGAGAACAAAAAACGGGUUGCGCAACUUUUCCAAGAACUAGGUAUGAGUGAGAAAAUUGAACUGAAUGAGCACGAGUUGCGAAUUGCCACUCAGUUUGUUGGAGGUGAAGAUGCGGGAGCCGAGUGGGAAGAUAUUGGUGGAUGUGAUGAACUGAUUGCGGAUAUGAAGGAUCGGAUAAUUCUCCCCCUUCAGAUCGCGGCUGAAUCCGAUUCCUCUCUUCUUUCUCCACCAAAAGGUAUCCUUCUAUACGGUCCACCAGGAUGUGGGAAGACUCUUUUGGCAAAAGCGGUCGCUCGCGCUGCUGGAUGCAGAUUUAUCAAUCUGCAAGUCUCAAAUCUUACGGACAAGUGGUAUGGAGAAUCCCAAAAACUGGCAGCUGCGGUCUUUUCAGUGGCACAAAAGUUCCAGCCAACGAUUAUUUUUAUUGAUGAAAUAGAUUCGUUUCUUCGCGACCGUCAGGCCCAUGAUCAUGAAGCAACUGCUAUGAUGAAGGCUCAGUUUAUGUCGUUAUGGGAUGGAUUCGCUUCCACCAAUGAUAGGGUAAUAGUCAUGGGAGCAACAAAUCGUCCUCAAGAUGUAGAUUCUGCUAUACUACGGCGUAUGUCGGCCCGAUUUGCAAUACCAAUGCCUUCUGAUAAGCAAAGGGAACAGAUACUUAAGGUUAUUUUACGUCAAGAAAAUCUGUCGGAAGAUGUCGACCUAAAAAAGAUUGCCUCCAUGGCUCAGGGAUUGUCAGGAUCAGAUUUGAAAGAGGUGUGUCGUCUAGCGGUGCUUUCUAGAGCAAAAGCGACAUUGGCUGACCAAGGAAGUUUACGAAAUCGACAACCAAUUCAACCGGAUGACAUGGAAUUUGCACUGUUGAAAUAUUCCAGAGCUCACCAACAAAUGACCGAGCACGGUCUAGACUAA